CAGUAGAUCUUCACUUAUCAAAUGCAAAAUUAACUUCAAUUACUGAUAAAAGUAAAAGCAAAUGUCUAACAAGUGACCUAGCUGAUUACACUAAAACAAAAUGUGAAAAAUCAUUUGAUGUAGGAUUUAAGAGUAGUGUUGCUGAGGAAUCUGUAACAUUUGACCAAGGAAGAAAUAUUUCACAUAAGUUUGAUGAAAAUAAUGGCUCUGUUACUGACAAUGAUAAAAUGAUUAAAACAAGCAAUGAACAAAAAUGUGAGGACAACCCCCUAGAAAGUGCUGCAAUAGAUCGGUCCAAUGAUGAGGCUGGAAGAGAUUUCAAAUUCAUGCAGUUUGAUGAAAAUAAUGGCUCUGUUACUGACAAUGAUAAAACUAUUAAAACAAGCAAUGAACAAAAAUGUGAGGACAACCCCCUAGAAAGUGCUGCAGUAGAUCGGUCCAAUGAUGAGGCUGGAAGAGAUUUCAAAUUCAUGCAGUUUGAUGAAAAUAAUGGCUCUGUUACUGACAAUGAUAAAACUAUUAGAACAAGCAAUGAACAAAAAUGUGAGGACAACCCCCUAGAAAGUGCUGCAAUAGAUCGGUCCAAUGAUGAGACUGAAAGAGAUUUCAAAUUCAUGCAAGAAAACCAGGAUACUCUUGUAAAUGACACAAAUUGGAAUCAUGUUUAUGGAAAACUUGUAACCCAAGUAAACGAGCUUAGAGAAGAUUUAGAACAUUCUUCCUUAAAGCUCAGGCAGAGUGCAGAAUAUGUUAAGAAUUUAGAGGAAGAGUGUUUAAAGUUGGAAAAGGAAAUAAAAGAUAAAAUUCAUCUACUUGAAAAUAAAUUUGCUGCAUUAGACCAAAAAGAAAAGGGUAUUAACUGUGAAGACAUAAAUGCAUUGCUACCAAAUAUUGGUGUAAAAAAUUCUCUAUUAGCAAUGCAGGAAGCUAUUGAGAAAUCAAUAAAUGCAUUAAAGGAGGCCUCCACCUCUAUGUUUUCAAAUAUGGUGGAAGGAGAAGGAGUCACCCCGGCGUACAUGCAGAUGGCCCAUUGGCGCUUCACUCUCAAGUUGCCAGAGUACCAGGGAGAUAAAGAACUCAAGGAGAAGCUGAUGACUGGAAUAAAACAGGGAAACAUGGCUCCAUAUUACAAAGAGGUAUGUGCAGACCUAGGCUGGGAGUUUGACACCAAGCUGUAUGACGAGAUGAGUGUAGCCAAUACCAAGCGACUUGAGGAGUUGGAGAAGGAACAUGAAAACAAUGUAAUGGACGAGGAAGACCAAAGCCAGCUGUGUGGAGUGUGGCAAAGCAAACUGGACUAUCUGUGCUCCAUCGGGGACAGGGAGAACGCAACGACCCUGGCCAACUCCAAGGUUGAUGACAAGACUGUGCCCAAGAGUCACAGGAUCGAUGCUGUCUUCUCACUGUUCAGAAUCUCCUUUUUCCACGGAUGUAACAUUAAGGGAAUGAGCACAGCGAUUGAAAAGGCUACUGAACUAAUUGAAGGUAUCAGCGGUGGGGACUGGAGUGCUCGUAAUAAGCUGAAGGCCUACGAGGGUGUUUGGAGUUUGGCCAUCAGAGACUUCACCCGUGCUGCUCAUCUGUUCGUCGACGUAGUUCCCACAUUUGAGUCGUACGAGCUGGCUGACUUUGGUACCAUUAUCCGCUACACCGUGCUGUCUUGUAUGAUCGCUCUGCCCCGGUGUGACCUGAGGAAGAAGCUCAUGCUGCACGGAGUUAUGGCGCAAGCUCUUCAUUCUCAGUAUCAGGACCUAAGGGAGUAUUUCGUGUCACUGUAUGACGGUCGCUACUCAGACUUCCUCGUUUGCUUGGCUCGUAUUGAGGUUGAGAUGAAGAGGGAUCCGUUGCUGCAUCCCCACUACCGUCACUACGUCCAGGAGAUGAGGCUGCGAGCCUACAAACAGAUAUUACAGGCUUACCGCUCUCUCAGUCUGGACUACAUGGCCCAGUCCUUCGGUGUGACCAGUGAGUUUAUCGAGCGAGAGGUGGCCAGGUUUGCCGCUGCUGGGAGACUUCAGUGCAAGAUAGAUUCGGUGGCCGGGACAGUGAUCACAAGUGCUCAUCUGGACGACUCAGUGCGCAGCAAGGAAGCUCCCGAGGCUAGCCUGGACAGGAACAUUCUCUACCAGACAACCGUCAAGCGAGGAGACAUCCUCCUCAACCGACUCAAGAAACUGGCCAGAGUCAUGGACUUCUAGAACAGUCGUGUCGCUUUAAUUUAUAUUCAUCAAUAAACUUCUUUUUGUUAUAAAUGCUAACUAAAAA